GGGGCCUCCACCCUUCAUUUCCUCCUCCUAGGACAAGAUCACAGGAGGUGGGAUAGUUAUACCCGUCCCAUUCAAUGGCUCGAGUGGGAAGAGCUGUCCAUUUUUAAAAUCCAAAUCCAGCUCCUGGCUCUCCUGCACUUCUUUUUGGUUCUUGAAGCUAAAGACUCUCUCUUCCCCAAGUGAUUCUGCAUUUCUGCAGAAAACAAAUGAUAUUAUCAGAAGUUUUUCUGUGGCAUUGGAUUCCUGAAGGAUACCUUAUUAGACCAUGAGGAGAACCAGAUCAUGCAGUGCAUUUCAGAUAGCUUGCCAUGCUUUGUGAUUUGGUAGCCAUGGAGGAAGAGCAGAAAGCUCCGAGCUUUCUUGAUGUGCCCAAGGAUAUCCCCAUUGCCACCACCAAGUCGCUCACCAUUAGGACCCAUGCCGGAUUCAGCAGCAGCUCCGACCGGUCCAACCCCAUCUCGCCGGCCAUCUCCAUCACGCCACACCUCUACUCGCCGUCGCCGCCGUCCUCCGCGUUCGUGUCGGCGCUGCAGUCCCCGUACAUCUCGCCUCGAGUCGUCGAGCCCCCGACUCCUGCGGCGGCGGCGGCGGCGCAGCAGCAGCAGCUGCAGCAAGAAGGCGAUAAGGUCGUCACCAGUGUCCCCACCACGGCGGCGCCGUCGCCGCCGGCGUCCUACUCCAACUCGGAGGACACCGACGGGCCGAGCGCGUCCCGGACGCCGCCGUCCGAGCGCUACGACUCCGGCGGCGUCGACCUGGCCAAGGUCUCCGACGGCGGCGCUGGCUGCGGGAGCGGCGGCGUACAGCCGCGUGUGUCGUUCUCGUUCCCCGUGCCGCGGGUGUCCUUCACCCGUGGCUCCGUGGCGUCGCCGUCGUCCAACGCCAAGCUCCGGAGCUGCGACGUGUACAUCGGCUACCACGGCAAUGGCAGCCUCGGCAGGUUCUGCAAGUGGCUCAAGUCGGAGCUCGAGCUGCAGGGCAUUGCCUCGUUCGUCGCUGACCGGGCGAAGUACUCCGACACGCAGAGCCAUGAGAUCGCUGACCGGAUCAUCUGCUCUGUUGCAUUCGGUGUCAUAGUGGUCACUAUGUCAAGUUUCCUCAAUCCGUUCAGCCUUGAGGAGAUCAGAUUCUUUGCUCAGAAGAAGAACCUGGUGCCUAUAUUGUUCGACACCGAGCCACCGGAGAUUGCAGGGCUUUUCGAUGGUAAAUUAGAGGAUAAAGAGGGGAAGGAAGCAUUUGAAGGAUUAAUGCGGUGCCACGAGUUUAAGCUUGAGGCAAAUGAGACCAAUUGGAGAAGCUGCGUGUCGAAGACGGUCACUUUGCUGCGGUCCAAACUUGGCAGGAAGAGCAUUGCUGAGAAGGAGAGUGAAGGGCCUGAAGGAAUGCCUUUCCCACGCAACCGGCAUUUUGUUGGAAGGGAGAAGGAGAUAAGUGAAAUUGAAGGUAUGUUUUUCGGCUCCACUGUUGAUAUCCAAGAGGUUGAUUGCCCAAGGGGUUCCGCUGCAAAUGACAGAUCUAGCGGUGUUUCUGAUGGGUUUGCUGAUGAGGAGAGUGACACGGUGAGGACAUCAAAUGCCAGGUAUAUCAGUUUGGAGAUGCGCAAGUGUAAGGAGCCGACAUUGGAGGCCUGGAUUGAUCCAGUGAUAGAACUAUCAUCAGGUAAAGGUAGAAACCUUCAGAAGCAGAGAUCGAAGCACAGGAGGUCAAGGUUUCGGUGCAAUAGCAAAGGAUAUGGCAGUGCCAGUGUGGUCUGCAUCAGUGGUUCUUCAGGAAUUGGCAAGACUGAACUAGCAUUGGAAUUUGCUUACCGGUUUUCACAGCGGUACAAGAUGGUCCUAUGGAUUGGAGGGGAAGCUCGGUAUUUGAGGCAAAACAUACUCAAUUUAUCCAUGAAUUUGGGACUGGACAUCAGUGCUGAGGCCGAGAAGGAGAGGGGUAGGAUCAGGAGCUUCGAGGAGCAGGAGUUUGAUGCUUUUCAGAGGGUGAAGCGGGAGUUGUUUCGUGAUGUGCCCUACUUGCUUGUCAUCGAUAACCUUGAGAGUGAGAGGGACUGGUGGGAAGGUAAAGAUCUCCAUGACUUCAUCCCUAGGAACACCGGAGCAACGCAUGUCAUUAUGACCACACGUUUACCACGUGUGAUUAACCUUGAGCCAAUGCAGCUUCCACAGCUCUCAUACAAUGAUGCCAUGAUCUUGAUAAAGGGGAAGCAGAAGAAUGACUAUCCACCCGAGGAAAUGGAAGUUCUUAGGAAGCUUGAUGAGCGGUUAGGUAGGUUGAGCUUUGGCCUGUGGGUCGUCGGUUCACUGUUGUCUGAACUUAUGAUUACUCCUUCCACUCUGUUUGAGGCAGUUGAGAGAAUAUCUUUGAAUGAGAAUUUGUUCCCCCUCGGUGCCAAUGACGAUGGCUUCUGUCGUAACAAUUCUUUCCUAAUAAAGGUCCUGGUCUUUUGUUUUGCGUUGAUGGACCGAGCAAAAGGAGGAAGCCUCACCUCAAAGAUGAUUAUUGCUGGCUCUUGGUUAGCUCCUGCUCCUGUGUCAUCUACGCUAUUAGCUGCAACAGCAAGCAAGCUACCAAUGAAAGGCAGCAUGCACCUCCUGGGUGAAUCCCUUAAGACUGCAUUUCUAUGUGGCACGCAUUGCUUUCUAGCUCCACAUGGUCGAAAAGCUGAGGUGGAGUCAUCACUCUUACUUGUCAAGCUUGGGCUGGCAAGAAAGGCAACUCGUCAUCCUGGUUGCUGGAUCCAAUUCCACCCAAUAACACAGCUCUUUGGCAAGAUUAGGGGAGGUUUGGCACCAACAACUGCCGCAGUGAACGGUGUAAUGAGGGCCGGUAACCCCUCGGUGUACUCGGACCACCUAUGGGCUAGUGCAUUUCUUGUGUUUGGUUUCAAGUCUGAGCCACCUUCUGUCCAGCUUAAGGCGGUCGACAUGGUGCUUUUCAUAAGGAAGACAGCACUUCCCUUGGCAAUUGACUCCUUCAUGACAUUCUCACGGUGUGGUUCGGCUUUAGAGCUGCUCAAGGUGUGCACCAAUGUCCUUGAGGAGGUGGAGAAGUCGUAUGCAUCACGGAUGCAGGACUUGAAUCGUGGAUCGCUGUGCUGGAGGAAGAAGCUACAACCGAAUCACCGUGUUGAUGAGUUUGUCUGGCAGGAAGUAACGCUGCUCAAAGCGACAUUGCUUGAGACAAGGGCGAAGCUGUUGCUCCGAGGUGGGCUCUUUGACACUGGGGAAGAAUUGUGCAGGACCUGCAUUAGCAUCCGGACUGUUAUGCUUGGCCAUGGCCAUGCCCACACACUGGCUGCUCAAGAGACAUUGGCAAAGCUGGUCAGAUACAGGAGUAAGAUUUGAGAUCAUAUCUGAAACCCUUGCGAGCUGUUGUAAUGUACUGAUGUGUACUCCUUUGUUGCGGUCUCUUAUAGAGGGUUUUCAGAAGUUUUCAUGCCUCAGCAUUUCUGAAUCUGUGAUGCCAACAAGUUUUGUUAGUGAUGAUCAUAUAAUAGCCAAGCUUCACGAUGCCAUAUGUAACUUGAGUUGUUAUGUACAGUACAGUUCAGUUUCUACUUCAUAAAACUUAAAUCUUCUUGUUGAGU